AUGACUGCAGCUGUAGAAUCAAGCCAGCCUCAGCUGCCCUCUUAUAAUGAGGCUCUGCAGUGGGGGUUCACGCCCCCACCGCGAGUACAAUGGGCGCCUCCGAGAGAGGACUCAAACAGCCCUAGGCCGCGAACAGCUCGGCCGCGGACGAAUGCCGUGAGGCCAUUCUCCAUGUCAACGAUCGACGAACCAACCACAAAUGUCCACGGCCACAGACCUAGGACAUCCUCCGGCGGGCCACUGCCCGUCAUCGGCUUGGACAACAUUCUUCUCGAUGCCCUCAGCGGAGCAUCACGCGCCAUUGGAGGUCCGCUCUCUCCAGCAUCGCCCAUAUCGCCCGACCGCCCGUCGACGGCACAACCGGAUUCAUCCAGAAACUUCCUCACAGGGCCGUCGUCAUCACCUUAUGCCUUUCCAGAACCUCUUUCUCCAGCAUACUCCCCAACGCAAGAGGAAUUCAUUCCUGAGCCUGUACCGCUGCACCCGAGGCCACCCAUUCCACCAGGCUACGCGCGGCAUGACCCCACCGCGGCGACAUUUCUCAUGCAUUCACCACUGAUCUACUCAUCUUCGGGCUCAUCGCCACAGACGCCCGCGUAUCAGCUCGACACGCGGCUCAGCAAGGCCGGCCGACCAUACCAGCUCCGCAUCCGGCCUUUGGACCACCUGGAAAGCCGGACGCUAGCUUUCAGCGAUGACCACCGGAACUCGGGGCGGUUCCUGCGCUACGAGGAGGAGCACACGCUGUACCUGCUGCAGGUGAUGCAGCUGAUCGGGGGCUUCGGUGUGCCGGGGCUAGGGUUCGGCCCGUCGUGGCGUGUGGAGAUGCACCGGGACCCGUACCACGACCACGGCCGGGGAACUCGUGGGUUCAUCCGCUUCGAGGGCGGUGGCUUUCUCGGCAUGGGAAAGGGAUUCAUGCGCAAGAGCGGGUGCAAGUUCUGGUACAUGACGCGCAAGAGCGAGCGCGAGCGCGAGGCCCAGAACGAGUCCAAGAUGUCGGCCAAGUACGGCUACCAGCCCGAGUUCGAGUGGAACCGCCGGCUCAUGUUCUCAGUUGAGAAGAGACGCGGCGCGAUGGGCCUCGGGGGUAGGAGUAAGGGGUACGAAUGGAAGGACGGCAAGGGCCGCGUCGUGGCUGUUGAGAGCGCGGAGGGCAGAUUGGAUUUAUCCCGCGUUGCUGCGAGCAUGAGCCCGCAGUCCAGAGAGUCCUUGCUCGCGUGUUGGGUGGGUAAGAGUUGGGCUUCGGGGGCCCUGGAACUGUAA